AUGAUACUUAAUAAUUCAGCUUUUACUAAUAUGUCAUGUAGUAGAUCGAAUCUCAAUCCAAGUGCACCAGAAUUUCAACAUUAUAAUCGUUUACCAUCACUAUUUAUUCCACCGCCAAUACAAUCUUCACAAGCAUCCAUUUCAAAUGGACCAUUAUCAGCAAAUAUCAUAAAUAUUGAUCGUAUAAUGGAACAAAAACAACAACAACAACAACAAUUAUAUAUAAAUAAUACUAAUGUUCCAAUACAUCCGCCGCCGCCAUCACUACCUUCACAAUCAGUAGCACCAAUAUGA